AUGAAUCAUAAAAUUGCUCCUCGUUUCAAAUUAGUGAAUAUCACGGAACAAUUGGUCAAAGGAUUUCAUUCAUUGACAGCAAGAUCUAAUUUCAAAGAGGAGGAAGAAAAUCCUUUAAUUCAGGUCGAUGAUUCCAAUUUGGCUAAUCCUUCUCCAAUUAAGAAAAGUAGACUGAAUGAAAAUGUAAAUACUGCCAAUACAUUCAGUUCCUACAAUAUUUCACUUGCAACACAGGAUCCUAGGGCAAUUUAUGAUCCAGAAAGAGAUUAUUAUUUCAAAACACCUCCUGCCAGAAGUGUAGAUUUCCUUUCUCCAACCUCACCAAUGAAACAAAUUUUACAAACAAAUAAUUUGGAUGAAUCAUUCCACCAUUACGACUCUGAUGACUCUGAUAAUUCUGUAGACUCAAUGCACUCCCCAACAUCUCACAACUCUUAUUAUUAUCAACAUUAUGGAACUAUGCUAGGAAGAUCAGUUGAUAUUCACUCAAAUAAUCCACUUUCAAGGGCAUCAACAGGUAAUAAUAGAUCGAGCGUAAUGAUAAUGCCUCAAACAAAUAUAGUUGAAACUAACACCAUCUUGAAUACUAAUGUGGAGGAGCCUGUUAGGACCAACACUGACAACCAAUCUGAAAUUGCUUCGAGUAUGCAUUUUGUAGAGAUGUUGGAUUUGCUGUACUUUAUUUUACCAUGAAAAUUCCAAUAACUUUACUUACAUUUUUCAUUUCUAUGAUAUUUUUCCUUAUUCCUGUUUGUGCUGUAGCAUUCCCAAUAGUACAUAUCGUAUGUCAGGCUUCUGAUGCUUUACAUACAGGUUUUUGUGAGAGAGUUAUGACUUCAAUUCAUGAAGGAUCUUGGGUUUAUAUUGGUUGGUCGUUCUGGUUUAUUUACUCGAUUCCUGGUAAUAUUAUACUCGCAGUGUUUGCUCUGUUUACACUUCCAUUAUGUAUUUAUGGAUUGAGAUUUGUCACUAGAUUCAACAGAGACUCAAUUUUACUUGUUUCCAAGACAAUCCAUGAACAUUAAAUUUAAUCAAUUACUUUUUACACUG